GCACCCUUCCUUUGGGCUAGCAAGAAGGAAGAAGAGAAGAAUGGCAGGAGAAGCAAUCUCAGGUACCAAUCCUCCUCCUGCGAAGAAGAAGAGAAGCCUGCCAGGAACACCAGAUCCUGAAGCAGAAGUGAUUGCCUUGUCACCAAAGACACUGUUGGCCACCAACCGGUUUCUGUGCGAGAUAUGCGGCAAAGGGUUCCAGAGGGAUCAAAACUUGCAGCUCCACCGCCGCGGUCACAACCUCCCAUGGAAGCUGAGGCAGAGAACGAGCAAGGAGCCAAGGAAGAGGGUGUACGUGUGCCCGGAGAAGAGCUGCGUGCACCACCAUCCGUCGAGGGCGCUCGGCGACCUCACCGGCAUCAAGAAGCACUUCUGCCGCAAGCACGGCGAGAAGAAGUGGAAGUGCGACAAAUGCUCCAAACGCUACGCGGUGCAGUCCGACUGCAAAGCCCACUCCAAGACCUGCGGCACCAGGGAGUACCGCUGCGAUUGUGGAACCGUUUUCUCGAGGAGGGACAGCUUCAUAACCCACAGGGCCUUCUGCGAUGCCUUAGCGGAAGAGUCAGCGAGAGUCGCAGCAUCAAACAUGAGCAGAUUAACAUCCAUCUGCAAUGGCAACUUCAGCUUUACGAGAGAUUUGAUGAGAUCAAACAUAGCACACGACUUCUCUGGCGCCAUUUCGAACACUACGAUGACCGAGAGUGAAAUGGUCGGGCAUGCAAGACGUGAGCUUUCUCUCUGGAUGGGUGGAGGAGAUCGUACAGAGAACUUAAGCAAACGCAACGAUCUCUUGAAUCCUCAUCAAACCAAGCCUCUCAGCACCGACGACCUCUAUGGAAAUCCAUUUGCAUCCCAAUAUCCCGACCAGUUAAGCUCGAUAUACUCAGAUGAGCUAACUAGCGUUGCACUUCCUACGAGCAGCAUGAAGGAAACUGAAAGCCCACACUCCCUUCUUCUCAAAGUUCCAUCUCGCUACAGCACUCAGCAUCAGAACCAGCACCAGCAAAUGGCGAUGGCGCCGGACGUGUCUGCAACUGCGCUACUGCAGAAAGCUGCACUCAUCGGUGUUAAUGCCUCCUGCGCAACGCCAUUAAGUAGCUUUGAGACGAAGAGCCGCGAGAGUAACUUCCGAUAUCUCAGUAACAGCAGUUUGCUCGACAUGAACCAUCCAAGUUUGGCCACUCUUUCAGGAAACACCAUGGACAACUCAACCCUGCCGAAUCCACUCACAACGGUGUAUUCCACAAGACACCUUAUGAUUCAGAAGGGUGAUGAGCGAGGGGGAGAAACAAGAGACUUCUUGGGCGUUGAUGCGCCAACAAUUUGUGCAUCAUCAUGGAAUGGGUGGGUAUGAGUGAUUAGCAACUGCUUUAAUGUGAGAGGCAAGCAGUGUGCUCAGGCGGCUGAGAGCUUCAUGAAACUGGUGUAACCUUGCAUACUCAUGUAGACCACUAAAAGCAAUAUGUAGGUUAAGGUAGUGCCUUCGUUUUCCGGGAAAGAGAAGAGGCAGAAUGAUGGGGGAGGCAAAGUGUAGUCUCCUUCCAUCCCUGUGAUUGCUUUUGCUUCCAACUGUGUGCCAGCUCAAAGUAGCUUUUUCCAGAGAAAAAAGCUGGAUCUUUUGUUCUACCACAAACAUGUAUGAAUCAUGGUUUUUGGUGCC